UUUUUAGCAGAUACUCUAUUAUAAAUUUAAUUUUAUCAAGCAAUGGAACAGUGGAAAGAAGCUAUAGUUUUAUAUGAUAAAGCUAUAUCUCUAAAAUCAUUUAGCUUUCUUUGGAAAAGGUAAUUAAUUAUAUCUAUUAAAUUAGGAGAUUGCUUGAGAAUUUUAAAAUAUUAUGAGGAUGCAUUAAUUAAUUUAGAAUAAGUAUUAGAAAUUAAACAUGAUCAUUGUUUUUCACUUACUUCUUAGGGUAAUUAACAUAUUAUAAAUUUAUAGGUGUGUGCUUAUUAUUAAUGAAAUUAUUUUAAGAAGCAAUUAUAUGUUUUCAAGCUGCAUUUAAAAUAGAUCCUAAUUAUGAUUUGCCAAAACAGAAACUAAGUAUAUUUAUUUAAUUAUGA